UGUAGUUGACAUGAGAGCGAAAAAUCUGCAGUGAUCCGGCUCGUUUCCUCACAGACCCUUAUCAAUUAAAACCAUCCCUCACGGUUUCACAUGCGGUAUUCGACCUUUUCGGUGCAGCAUUUGCGUUUUUCUCUGAACCGGAAGACCUAAAAGAAAUCAAAGUUCGCAAGGAGGUGACAUCUGGCUGCUCCACACCUGACUUCAUUGAAUGAGGUUUAACACCAAUUAGCAUUUGUUUUGGUUCGAUAACCAUACAAAAUUAAACACGCCCAACAUUGAGUCGGAAGCAGCUGGACACAUUCAUAUAAAUCUGCAGGCUAACGGUGACGAGCUGGCGCAGGUCGUGGGUUGUCCGUGGAUAAUGCGAGACAGCGGCGGUAGCCUGGCCCAGAACCGCUGGCAGGGAGACCUGGGUCUGACCGCUGUGGGGCAGGACGACACAGGAGGAGGUGGGAUUCCCGGAGACCACCUCAUCGUCCCAGUGUCAGGCCACAGCGUCCCCAGCCCCAUGCACCUGAGACUGGGGCAGAAAGAGAAGGUGUGGACAGGAGAGUAUGUGGAGGAGGACGGGGAGGAGCAGGAUGGGAUGGGGAGGAUCAAGCCGAUAGGUGACGAGGACGAAGAAAACAAUCUGGACGGGGAGGACGAAGGAGAGUAUGAGGGCAAGGGCUGGGAUAACAAUGAGGAAGAGGAAGAAGAAGAAGAAGAGGACGAGGACGAGGACGAGGUGGAAGAUGAUGGAGACCAGGGGGAGUUGGAGUGGGAGAUCCCAGACUUUCCUUCCCAGUCCACCCCUCAUUCACACCAACAUCACGGACCACAGCAGCAGGCAGAAGAAGGCGGCGACAUCACUGUAGAGGACAGCGUCUCCCAGCCCGAGGCCGGGGACAUGUUCAGGUCCCACCUCAGCAGGUACAGGGCCUCGAGGAGGCUCCGGCUCAGGCGCUGGCACCGCCUGCGAUCCCACGGGGGCCGCGGGUUGCGGCUCACCCAGCACUGGAAGAGCUGGCGCCAGCGGGCGCAGUGGGCGUGCUCCCAAGGGUACCGGUACAGCCGGAAAGGGCAGAAGCACAAUCUGUACGGCAAGCAGAGGAGGAUAAAAAGGUAUCGGCAGUACACCGACGGAGAGGACGACAGCAACGACGAGAGGUUCACAGAAUCUGAGAGAGAUAAACGGAUGAACGGCUGCUCACCAGUCAAGCAGGAAGACAGAGGGAGGCGGGAAGCGGAGGUCAAACCAGCAGAGCUGGCUCUAACUGAGGAGCACAUGAGUUGUGUGACAGGUAUUCUUGAAGAGUCUCUACAGCAGUACGGCAGUUUGAUCCCCAUCCACGUGGACGACGUCGUGGAGAAGCUUCAGGACAUCUUCAGCGAGAGCUUCUCACAGCCACACAGGAAAGCAGUGGUGCAGCAUCUAAUACAAUCCUUCCAGCGUUCGUCCGGAUCCGCCCUGGCUAAAACAUUCAGAGUCAAUUACAAACGCCACGUUCUGACCAUGGACGACCUGGGCACGCUGUACGGACAGAACUGGCUCAACGACCAGAUCAUGAACAUGUAUGGUGACCUGGUCAUGGACUCUGUGCCAGAGAAGGUUCACUUUUUCAACAGCUUCUUCUAUGAUAAGCUAAGGACAAAAGGCUAUGACGGAGUCAAACGGUGGACGAAAAAUGUCGACAUCUUUCAGAAGGAUCUGUUGUUGAUCCCCAUCCACCUGGAGGUCCACUGGUCUCUGGUCAGUGUGGACAUUCCUCGUCGAGCAAUCACUUACUUUGACUCUCAGCGGACUCUCAACAGACGCUGCCCAAAGCACAUUUUUAAAUAUCUGCAAGCGGAGGCCAUCAAGAAAGACCAACAAGACUUUUUGACGGGAUGGAAAGGCUUUUUCAAAAUGAAUGUUGGUCGUCAGAACAACGACAGUGACUGUGGGGCUUUUGUGCUACAGUACUGCAAGUGUCUGGCACUAGGGCAGCCAUUCAGCUUCGGCCAACUGGACAUGCCCCGGCUGAGGAGGCAAAUGUACAAAGAACUGUGUCACUGCAAGCUCACUCUGUGACCCACCACCACCCCAGCCCGCCAUCUCCACCCGCUCCCACCCUUAACCCCAACAAGAUGGAGGGACAAUGACACAACAAGAAGAGGGCAAGGGGAGCAAACAAUUGACUGGCAAAAGAGAAACUUUAAAAAAAAAAAACAAAACUUUUCUUUUUCUCUGCCAACAUCCAGAGAAACCCCUUCUUCUAUUGUAGGUGAUGUCAUUGUUUCACUUUUUGUCUCUCUUUGCUUCCCCUCUCUCCACCCUUUGAAAAUUUGAUUUCCAUGUCACGGUUAUUCCUUUGUGGUUGACAGAGGCCAAGACUAGCUUCCGUUUUUGGGAAUGUGCUAAUCUUCCAUCCUACCGUAGUCCAUCUUUGUUUUACAGUCUGAAUGGGAGCAUGAAGAAGAUGAUGAAGAUAUCUAAAACAGUCCAGAUGAAGGCUUUGACCACACUAAGUCCAACAUGACUUUCACGUAAAGAUGCCUGAGCAGCGAGUGUGUGGACGGCAGAAUGAAUUGAACCAGUCUGUGUAAGCUUGUGGUUGAAUAGUACUAGUGGAUGUACAUGCCUUCUAUCCAUCCAGUCCAUGCAGUGUGUACUCUCAGCAUCAAACACACUUCCUCAUGCUGCAGCCAGUGUGUUGUUGACGGUUCUAUCUAUCUAGUCAGCACAUCAUGUUUGCUACUGUAGUGCGACGUUACAUUUCCAAUGUAUAAUAUUUGUUUUCAGACGAAUUUAAAGUAAAAAUGGAACUUACUAGUUGAUGCUGCCAUGUUGAGGACAGAAAACACACUUCCAGCGUGUCAAGAGCCAUUCAAGUGCUUUUUUUUUUUUUAAAAAGUGGAAAAUCAGAAUUAACAUCCUCGCCACAUAUUGACCCCCUGUGUCGGAAACUUCCUCUGCCUCCUUCCCCAAACAUCAUGUGGGAGACUGGAUCUGCAUCACCGCCCAAACCAGCCAGAAACGACAUAUUGGCCCAAAGAAGGGGGUAUCUUUACAUUGCAUUUAUCUUUUUCUGUGUUUUAUCUUGUCAGUAAAUGUGUUGAUAUGCUUCUUGCUUUAAACAAACGGUGUUAAAAAGGAGGACUACUAAUACGUGUUAUUUUAAGUACAAAAGAGAUCCUCUGGUUAGUAUUUCUUUAAAAGAUUGAGAGCCAUUUUUUUUUUUUUGGUGAGGACCACAACAGCUACACAACAGAUCCAGUAUGUUCACAACGGAGUUACAGCACCCUCCUCUUCUUCUUUUUAUAAUGAAAGACAAAUUUGUUGAUAGCUGUGUGUUUGUUUUUUUCUUCUUUUUUUUCAAACAGGAGUUGAUGCAACAGAGUUGACAGUUUUAUAUAUCUUCUACAAUGCAUUAUGGUUGCUAAAAAUAAAAAUAUGCGGCAAACAA